AUGGAAUUUCAAAGAAUCUAUCACCUCUUAAUAAAAAAUCUUUUUAACAAAAAUAUCGAUUUGGAAACUUUAGUUGCAGAGACAAAAAAAACUGCUGGAGAUUUUAGAAUAAUAUCAAACAAGAACCAAUGGAGUGCAAAUGAGAGAAAUAAAAUUCCCAAGCUACUAGCUCAUAUUUUUGCUUUGUGGACAAUUCAAGACGCAGAAGAACAUCCUGAAGCCAGAAAUUUACAGAAUGAUGAUCAAUAUCCAUUUGAGCCUAGUACAGCUCAAAUAGUUGCAAUACUCCGUAUGCUCGGAAUAGGUGAUGAAAGAGAAAAAUUAACGAAUAAUUUAGUACAAAUAGAAGCUGGCGAAGGAAAAUCUAUAAUAUUAAGAGUCGCAGCUGUAACACUGGCUCUACUUGGUUUUGAUGUCUACUGUGCGUGUUGCAGCGAAUAUCUAAGUCAAAGAGAUUAUAAUAGAGUACUUCAAAUUUUCGAUACAUUAAAUGUAUGCCAAUACAUUCGUUACGGUACCAUAAAUACACUCUGUGAGAAAAUAAUUAAUGAAAAUGGCAAAGUUCAUCAAAUGGUAGAACAGUUUAUAAGCAACGAUUCUAGGAAUGUUUCAGAAAAUAGUGAAUGUAUUGAACGAGCUAAGAUAUUAUUAAUUGAUGAAGUUGAUGUUUUGUUUAGUCAAGAUUUUUAUGGUAAUGUGUAUACACCAUUAGCCACCUUAAGAGAUCCUACAAUUACAUCCUUGAUCGAUUUUAUUUGGACGCGAAGAAAAUCGAAAUUAUGUCUCAAUGAAGUUACGGCUACAGAUGAAUAUAAAGCUUGUUGCAACUGGAUUCCUAAUUGGAAACCAUUGAUUCUAGAGGCUGUUAAAGAUCUCAUUUAUGAAGUAGAUAACUUUGAAUCCCAUGAUUAUAUUGUGGAGAAUGAUAGGAUCGAAUAUAAAGAACAGGAUAAUAUUGUAUACAAUGUUGUUUAUGGUUAUAAAACUUUAUUUACAUAUUAUUUUGAACAUGAAAAUGAUAAGAUAUCUAGACCAAGUUUAAACCAAAGAAUAGGUCUAAUUAUCAAAUGUGGUAACUUUUCUUAUCCUGAAAUUCUACUUCAAUUUGAAUACAUAAUGGGUGUUACAGGAACGUUAGAAACUCUUAGUGGUCCUGAAAAACAAUUUAUAACAGAUAUGUGUAAAUUUCAAAAAUAUACAUAUAUUCCGUCAAUAUUUGAUAAAAAUAAUCUGAAAUUUCAGGCAAGAGACGAUGUCAAAAUUGAAAAUAGCGCUCAUUAUUUCGAAGCCAUUAAAAGAGAAAUUGAAAGUCGAUUAAAGGGAAGUCCAUCGGAACAACGAGCUGUAUUAGUUUUCUUUGAAUCAAAACAAAAGUUGAAAGAAUUUUUCGAAUCAAAAGCAUUAGAAAAUAUAAAGAAUCCAGUUGCUUGUUUAACGGAAGAUACACAUUCAGAAGAAAAAGAAAAAAUAAUAAAAUCUGCCACUAUACCCGGCCGUAUAACUUUACUCACCAGAACUUUUGGUAGAGGAACAGAUUUUAUAUGUUACGAUAAGAAUAUAUCUAAAAAUGGAGGUCCACAUAUCAUUCAGACAUUUCUUACCGAAAAUUGCUCAGAAGAAACGCAUAUCAAAUGUAGAACCGCUAGAAAAUGUGGUAAUGGAUCUUAUAAUAUGGUACUAUUGGAGGGAGUUUUUGAAAAAUUUCUCAUUCAAAGCGACGAGAUUGAUGCAUUUAAGAUAGAUAAAAGAUUUUUUGGUAUUCGUGCAAAUGCAUAUUUACCUAAGAUGUACAGUACAGUUUAUGAUUUAUUUGAUGCGAAACGUAGAGACCUUUUCAAGAUACAGUUGCUAACUAAGAAAAAAUUUGUUCGCAAUGCAAAAGAAAAACAUGAAGCUGCUCAACAUUUUCUAUUAAGUCUCACUUCUAAAGAUAUUAAUUCUGUUAGAGAAUUCUUAUUGAAGAGAAAUAAAGGAAUAGAUAAUGUCGAUAUUCGAUCACGAACAAUUUGUUUAAUGGAUGCUACCAAUUCCAUGUCAAAUCUUUUGCUUAAUUGUAAAAAUACGGUUGAAACUAUGUUCGAGCGUAUUACUGCAAUUCUAAAAGAAAACAAUAUUAGUGAAGAUUCAUUUCAAGUUCAAUUUGUUGUAUAUAGAAACUAUAAUAGUACAGAAGAUAAGCUACUGCAAUAUUCUCCUUGGGAAACAAAAGCAGAUAAUUUACGAACGUUCAUGAAAACUAUCAAUGUUGAAGGAGGAUGGGAGAAUGAGGCUAUUGAAAUUGGUCUAUGGCAUGCGAAUAAAGAAAACGAGAAAAAAAAUAUAACACAAGUCAUUUUGAUCGGUGAUGCACGUCCAAAUACAAAAGAUGAAGUAAAACAAAAGAGAAGUAGGCGCAAGGAAGAAUAUUGGAAGAAAACGAAAUUUGCACAGAAAACAUAUUAUGAAGAUGAAUUAGCGAAGCUGAUAUCGAAAGCUAUUCCAGUAAAUGCCUUUUUUGUCGACAAAAGUGCAGAAGCCGUUUUUAAAGAAAUUGCUACGAAAGCUGGAGGAAGAUGCGAACUGUUAAAUAUAAAUUCUCCUUCAGGCGCAGAUAUGUUGACAGAUUUAGUAACAGAAGUUAUUUUAAAAAAUGUUGGCAGAGAUUCAAAAGGAGAUGCUCUUAUUGAUGUAUAUAGAAAAAAAUUUGGACAAUCCUAUGCAUAG